UCCGACUCCGAUUCCUUCUCCGCGGCGGACAGCGCCGGCGCACCAAUAAAAAGAGGCCCCACCCGCCUCGACGACGCCUUCCGCUUUCCCCCUCCCCCGCCUCUCUCCGGCGCCGGCGAAACCCUAACCCCGGCAGCCACGGCUUGCCACCCGAGGCAAUGGGGGAUCGCGCGGCGGCGGCGGCGGAGGCGAAGACGUCGGUGUGGUGGGACAUCGACAGGUGCGGGGUUCCCCCGUGCUGCCGCGACCCGCACCGCGUCGCCCACGGCGUCAUCGCUGCGCUCGCCGCCGCGGGGUGCGCGGGCCCCGUCUCGAUCUUCGCCUACGGCGACGCCGCCCGCGUUGCCCCGCCCGUCCUGGCCGCCCUCUCCUCCACCGGCAUCUCCCUCAACCACGUCCCCGCCGGAGCUAAGGAUGGAACCGACAAGAAGAUGCUCGUCGACAUGCUCUUCUGGGCAUUCGACAACCCGCCGCCGGGCAAUUACUUGCUUAUUUCGGGCGAUCAGGACUUCUCCGACCUGCUUCACAGGCUCAGGAUGAAGCGAUACGGUAUCUUGCUGGCGCAGCCCUCAAAUGUGUCAUCUCGAGUGCUUGCUGCGGCGGCGAGGACUGUCUGGUCUUGGGAAAAACUUGUGGCUGGAGAGUCUCUGUUGGUAGAGUCCACACAUACGCAUGGAUUGCCGGAUUGCAAUCCUAAAUUAAAUAGCUUGGAUGUAUCGAAGUGCUCGCAGAAUAAGAGCUUGGAUGCGUCGAAGUGUUCGCAGAAUAAGAGCUUGGAUGGAUCGAAGUGCUCGCAGAGUAAGAGCUUGGAUGGAUCGAAGUGCUCGAAUAGUAAAGUUCAUGCUGUGUGUGGUAACGGUGACAGUAAUGUGAAGGCAUGUGAUCGGUAUAAGGUGAAGCCUCUUCAAAAGUAUGUAAAGAAGACUAAUGCAGUAUCGAGUUCCACAAAUAACCAAGGUCAAGUAGUCGUGGUCGAUGGAUUUUCUGAUGAUUCUGCAGGAAGCACUGGUAGUGAGCAAGAUAAGAGUUCUGUUUCGUCAUCGUCAUCAAGUUCUGAAUCAUUGGAGGUCGAUCUCCCAAGUCUGCUAGGAACUCCUCCUUUGGCUGACCUCCCAAGUCUGCUAGGAACUCCUCCUUUGGCACAGUCAUCAGCUCAGGAGCCUGUGGUGUCUACUAGUUCUCAACAAGUUGGACCAUUGAACAUGACAGGUAAGAAACCUAGCACAUCAGUCAAAUUUGUACCAAGAAAGGGAACUGUUGAUCUUGGUCUCAGUAAACAUCAUCACCAAAUGUUUAUGCAAUCACAAUCGUCUGAAGUAAAGAGUAAGCUUCAUUCUGAGUAUGAUAUAGCUGAAAAGAAUGCAAAGAAGGGUAACCAAAGCAAGUCAAAUCCAAUUCAAAGGUAUGUAAAGAAGACAAAUAUUACAUCUAGUCCUGCUAGCAAUCAGCUUGAUUCAGAUGGAAUGCCUGAGUGUUCCACGGGGAACACUCCAAGUAAAUUGAAUCAGUUGCCUGUCUUACCACCACCAAACUCUGAAUCACUGGAGGAAACAAAGGUGGAUCACUCGAGAUCGCUAGGUAUUUUUACCUUGCCCCAGUCAUCAUCUCAAGCACCAGUGCUGUCUACUCAUUUGCAUAAAGUGGAAGAACCACAUGAACUGAUUGUUGGCAAGCAGCCCUCUUGCACAUCAACUGAGCUCGCAUCAAGAGAUGGAACCAAUGAUUCUCGUGUUAGUAUUGGACAUUAUCAUUCAACCUCUAUGCAAUCCCAAUCUUCUCUGGCACAACAUACGCUUCAUUGUAACUAUAAUAUGGGUGAUAAGGUUGGCAAGGCAAAGGCAAGAAAUCAGCAUAAGGUGACACAGCGUCAACAAUAUAUAAAGAAGGCAAAUAUUGUAUCUAGUUCUGCACACAAUGAAAUAGAUUUGGUUAAAGGAUUUUCUGGUAAUUCUAAAGGAAGCAUCUUGAGCAAUCCAAGUAAAUCUGUGUUAACAUCGUCAAUUUCUGAAUCUCUGGAGGAGGCAAAAGCGAAUUGUUCAACUCCGCUGAAAAAUCCUCCCUUCUCCCUGUCAUCAGUUAAUAAACCUGUCACACCUACUGAUUUGCAGCACCUGGGAUCAGAGUUCAUCUUUGGUAGUAAUCAUAGCUUAUCAACUGAAUGCAUGCCAAAAGAUGGGAUUUUUUAUUUUGGUGACAUUAAUGGUCAGAAUAGUCCAGCAUGUCAGCAAGCCCAUUCUUCUCUUUUGCCAGAAAUACAUAAAUCAAUUCCUCCUAGUGCAGCUGGCCAUUCUAACUCAGUAAAUUCAGAUGUUGGCAGCUCAUACCCAACAUCAACUGGGUUUAAUGGUGUUCCUUCUGCUCAAAUACAAACAUCGCCAAGCGGCUUAACCUUUCAAAACAUGCUUGAUAUUUGCUCUGAUUUCAGUAGAUUGACUAUUUCUGAGUGCCCUCCAGGAACAAGUGAGAAAAGGCCACCUUUUCAAGGUAUUCCUUCUAACUAUACUGCUUUUGGUAUGCCAAAUACUUCUGGACAUCUUAGAGUUCCUCAUGAGAUCGGAUCCACUUUCCAUCCUGGUUCUGUCGUCAGCUUCCAUCCGAGUCACUCUAGUGCUCGUCAGUGUGCCCGAUCUCCUUCCUGCAACAUGCAAAACACUGGCGAUCAUGGAGAGACGGAAGGCUCUCCACCAAGUUCUUCUGAGCCUGAAGUUACUAUAAGAAAUAUAUUACAUGCUUUGCACAUACUGAAGGCUGAGAAGAUAUUCCCAACGGAAUCAAAUAUUGCAGACUGUAUACGUUACAGCGAGAUGAAUAUAUCAGGUUUUGAUGUUAAGAAGGCUCUUGAGCUUGCCAUUCGACAUCAAGCCGUUAUCAUGAAGAAGUUAGUAAAUGACAUGCCAUUGUUUGUUGCGAAAGAUGAAAGCAUUUGGAAAUGCGUCAAUGUGACAAAUAGCAAUGCAAAGCAUUCGAAGGAGACACUAGAUGCGGUUCAUAAGUACAUAUCAUCCACUGAUGGUUGGUCAGCAAUGAAGAAUUCUCAGUCAAGGUACCAAGCUGCGACUAUUUUAAAGAAAUCGUGCUUGCAGCAACAUGCCCUUGGUGAUGUCCUCCAGAUUUUGCAAAUUAUAAUUGUAAGGAAGAAAUGGCUUUUGCCUCAUUCUUCAGGUUGGCAGCCGUUGUCCAUAAACACAACAGUAGUUGAUGCAACUGCUGUCGCUGUUGGAGAAGCUAGAUCUUGAUUAUGUUCUCUGCUGAUGUUGGAGGGAUGUUUUGGUGCGCUGGUGAAUGGCGACUACAAAAUAUCUUCAGCAUCUGCGUUGGUCUGAAGGUUAUCUGAAUGCCGCAAUAAUAGUCAAUCUAAAUUCUACGGUAAGCAGUUGGGCGGCACCAGAAGCUGUCAAGACUUUACUAGUCCCUUAUGGGAAGAUUAUGCCCCAGAUCAAUGGACUGUGAAGAUGCUGGUUUUGCAGCAAUUCAGCUAUCAAAUUGGUUCUAUGUCAUCAGCAAGAUACACAGUACAAGAGAGAGCUUGUCUCUCUUCCUAGUUGUGUAGGAUUAACUCCUAGUUGUAUAGAAUUUCCUCCUAGUUGUAUAGAAGUGCCUGGGGGCUUAGAAGACGAUUGGAAAAGGCUUAUCUGUUACUACGUGGUUGCAGAACUACAUUACUGCCCUGAUCUUCAGUGAUGUGGCAGCCCUUGGAUUAGCAAAACUCCAGUGGUUCUAUUCCCAGGAACUGGUGCCCUCUUAGCUUGAUGGUAAGCAUCUGAAACGCACCCAGAGCAGCUGCAAAGACUGCGACCGCAAAGAAGCCAGAUCGGUAACUUGGGUGGAUGUUUCAGUUCUCAUCUUGCUUUCACUUCUCUUUUGAUGAGUCCUGUCAUGUGGUACUAGGUGUUGGGUGUGCAACUUGUCAUAUGGUGUUGCAACUGUUCAAAUGUACUUCACCUUUUUUUUCGUCAGUUUCUCGCAUAAAUAAUGUCAGUAUCCGGGGCUUUGUUUGGUGCU